AUGGUUCAUCACGGUUCAUCAUGGCACCUCGUCCUUUAUCUCGAGCCAAUGGCUACCAAUGUAGCACGCCGUAGCCCCUCGUGCCCUCCUGUACGAAGUUCGAGUAACUUGCCGUCUUUCUUCAUCCAGGAUAGACGCCAAUCUAAGCCUCGUUUCUGUGCUUCUGAGACCGGACCCCUGCCCACCGAAAAGCCUACUCCGACCACAGCACGCGACCAUUUCCUCGAUGAUGCUUGGUCCAUGAACUCAGUUCCCUUCAACCCGGUCGUUCUAGGUUCAAGUUGGACAAAACCUGAGAUGUAG